GGGCGUAGUUUCCUGUCAGUUUGACGCGUGAGAGAUUAUUUGACACGCCACAAGUUAUGUGCAUUCCUUGGCGGCUUGGAGGCAUGGGGAGCAUGGUUUGGAUGUCACUGUGGGCCUGGAUGAUCCUGGACUCAGGGGUGUGUUCAGCGUCCCUGCCAGAAAUCACUGACGGGAACUUCAUUGAAGAGUGUGUGAGGGAACACAACAGGGCGCGGUCCUCUGUCAGCCCAGCUGCAAGCAAUAUGCUGUACAUGACAUGGGAUGCGGGCUUGGCCAUCACUGCAAGAGCGUGGGCAAGCAAAUGUUUGUUUGAACACAACAUCUACCUCCGCGACGCCCGUCGCGUGCACCCCGACUUCCGCUCUGUGGGAGAAAACCUGUGGGCGGGCUCCCCACCAGCCUCUUUCGACGUGACGCGUGCCGUGAAAAAAUGGGUGGAUGAGAAACAACACUACGACUUCAACCUCAACAGGUGCACAGGCGUCUGCGGCCACUACACACAGGUGGUGUGGGCGAGCAGCUACAAGGUUGGCUGCGCCGCCCAGCUGUGCCCCAGUGGUGUCAAAAGCACUGGUUUUGCUGCAAAGGAGGGCGUCAUUUUUGUUUGCAACUAUGCGCCAGGGGGUAACAUAGUCGGAAGGAAACCAUAUCAGUAUGGAUCAUGCUCUGAAUGCGACGGCACCUGUGAGGGGAAUCUCUGCCGUAAUCCAGAACGAGAUUCACAGAAAAGCUACAGCUGGACCCCAGACUGGGAUCAUGCCGGGGUUAACACUGGCAAAGCGGCCGAUCGCUCCAGCUACGUGGCUGUUCUGGUUGUCCGGCCCAUUGCCCUCAUCGCCACCUUCACUGCCGCGUAUGCAGUCCGCCACUUUUACCCCGACGUCUUCUGCUACGAAUAGACCAGAGUGACGACCCGGAAGACAUGGACAUACUCAGCCGGUGCUAACAUGGAGAUUCGAGUUUAAUAUAUUUCUUGUCUAUACAAAGCUUGGGUCUUACAUAAAUCCUCAAACAGUACAUGGA